UGUAGGCUUUAGAGCUUGAAUCUAGCUGAAUAGUUUGGAUUGCACCAAAAUUUCCAAAAUGGCUGCUUCUUCUGUUAGCUUCAAGAGAUCAGAUAGCAUAGCCGAUAGCAUGCCCGAAGCUUUGAAGCAGAGCCGGUACAUGAUGAAGCGAUGCUUUUCGAGGUAUGUCUCGAAGGGUCAGAGAAUUAUGAAGAACAAGGAAUUGAUGGAAGAGUUGGAGAAGUCGGUGGAUGACAAGAUCGAGAAGGACAGGCUCAUGGAAGGCUUUCUGGGUUACAUCAUUUGUUGCACACAGGAAGCUGUUGUCCUUCCUCCAAUUGUAGCAUUUGCCGUCAGAACCAAUCCUGGAAUAUGGGAGUAUGUCAAAAUGCAUUCAGAGGAUCUAAUGGUCGAAUCAAUCACUCCUUCAGAAUACCUGAAGUCCAAAGAAAUAAUAUAUGAUGAGCAAUGGGCAAAGGAUGAGAAUGCUCUAGAAGUGGAUUUUGGAGCCUUCGAUCUAAAGAUGCCUUGCCUCAGCUUACCAUCAUCCAUUGGCAAUGGCACGCAGUUUGUAUGCAAAUUCUUGUCAUCCAAACUGAAUGAGAAGUCCGAUAGCAUGAAGUCUUUAUUGGACUACUUACUCACCCUUAAUCACCGCGGAGAAAAAUUAAUGAUUAAUAGCACCCUUGACACCAUGAACAAACUCCAGACAGCUCUGCUGGUGGCUGAAGUGUUUGUCAGUGGAAUUCCCAAGAACACCCCAUUCCAAAAGUUUGAACAAAGAUUUCAGGAAUGGGGAUUGGAGAAAGGAUGGGGCAAUACCGCCGAAAGUGUUAAGGAGACUCUGCACUGUCUAUCUGAGCUUCUUCAAGCACCAGAUCCUGUGAACAUGGAGAAAUUCUUCCGUAGAGUUCCUACCAUCUUUAACAUUGUGAUCUUCUCGCCCCAUGGCUAUUUCGGACAAGCUGAUGUCCUCGGGUUGCCUGAUACCGGUGGGCAGGUUGUUUACAUCCUGGAUAAAGUAAAGGCCUUUGAAGAGGAAUUGCUCCUCAGAAUCCAGCAGCAAGGGUUGAGUGUAAAACCUCAAAUUCUAGUGGUAACCAGGCUAAUACCGGAAGCCCGGAGAACCAAAUGCAACCAGGAACUUGAGCCAAUUCUCAAUACCAAGCAUUCCCACAUCCUUCGGGUGCCAUUUAAGACAAAAGAUGGAGUUUUGCAGCACUGGGUUUCUCGUUUCGAUAUCUAUCCUUACCUCGAGAGAUAUGCUCAGGAUGCUGCUGCCAAAAUUCUUGACCACUUAGAAGAGAAACCAGACCUGAUCAUUGGGAAUUAUACUGAUGGAAAUUUGGUGGCAUCUCUUGUCGCAACCAAACUUGGAGUGACACAGGGAACCAUUGCACAUGCUCUUGAGAAGACCAAGUAUGAAGAUUCUGAUGUCAAGUGGAAGGAAUUGGAAGGAAAGUAUCACUUCUCAUGCCAAUUCACAGCUGACAUCGUUUCAAUGAAUACUGCUGAUUUCAUCAUAACAAGUACAUACCAAGAAAUUGCUGGAACCAAGGAUAGGCCUGGCCAGUAUGAGAGCCACUGUGCAUUCACUCUUCCAGGGCUAUGUCGGUUUGUCUCAGGCAUCAAUGUCUUUGAUCCCAAGUUUAACAUAGCUUCUCCUGGAGCCGAUCAAUCAAUCUACUUCCCCUACACACAAAAGCAGAAACGACUGACUUCAUUUCAUCCCGCCAUCGAGGAGCUGCUGCAUAACAAAGUAGACAAUGAUGAACACAUAGGAUCCCUUGCAGACAGAAAUAAGCCAAUCAUAUUCUCAAUGGCAAGGCUUGACACAGUCAAGAACCUCACUGGGCUAGUUGACUGGUAUGGGAAGAACAAGAGGCUGAGGGACCUCGUGAGCCUUGUUGUGGUUGGAGGCUUCUUCGAUCCCUCGAAAUCAAAGGACAGGGAAGAGAUCAAUGAGAUCGAGAAGAUGCAUUCACUGAUUGAGACACACCAAUUGACAGGUCAGAUAAGAUGGAUAAAGGCACAGAAUGAUCGGGUUCGAAAUGGCGAGCUAUACCGCUGCAUUGCUGAUACUAAGGGAGCUUUUGUUCAGCCUGCUUUGUAUGAGGCAUUUGGACUUACAGUCAUAGAGGCGAUGAACUGUGGCCUGCCGACCUUCGCUACAAACCAAGGAGGACCGGCAGAGAUUGUUGUUGAUGGAAUUUCUGGAUUCCAUAUUGAUCCCUACAAUGGAGAGGAAUCUAGCAACAAGAUUGCAGAUUUCUUUGAGAAAUGCCGGGAGGACAGUACCUACUGGAAUAAGGUGUCAACAGCCGGCCUCCAACGGAUAUAUGAAUGCUACACUUGGAAGAUAUAUGCAACCAAGGUAUUGAACAUGGGAUCAGUCUUUGGCUUCUGGAAGCAAUUGACAAAGGAUGAGAAGCAAGCCAAACAAAGAUAUAUCCAGAUGCUCUACAGCCUCCAGUUCAGAAAUUUGGCCAAAACAGUCCUCUUAGCGAGCGAACAAGCUCAACAGGUGGCCGCACCAAAGCCUAGGGCAAAACCUCGGGCACAGCCAGAGCAGAGGCGCACUCAAUCACGCUUGCAAAGGGUCAUAAAAGACGCUCUCAUGCCAAAAGCACCCACACAGCAAGCCACCCAGAGUGCUGCUCAAACAGAGUAGAAACAAGAUGCGUGCCAAGAACGGAUGUUGUAUGGUUGAAUGAUAGUGUACACAUCAACCUGUUAAUACGUUUGUUUGGAUUUGAAACACCUACCACCGAAUGAGAUAUCAAAGUAUCAUAGCAGAUUCAUAAGCAAUGAAAUACAUCCAGAUCCAAAA